ACCGAUUCACCGACGCCGGGCUGGAGAUGAGCUUUACGCAGUGGCUGAGCGUUUCCAGGAGGCGGCGCUGUUGAGACGGGAGUGAUCGGGUUUCUGCCGCAGCCAUGGACGAGUUCUCAACCCGGACCUACGGCACCAGCGGCCUGGAUAACCGACCUCUGUUCGGAGAGACGUCGGCUCGGGAUCGGAUCAUCAACAUGGUCGUAGGAGGCUUCACGUCUGUAGUGGUUCUGGUAACCGUGAUCGGCUCCUUCGUCUUCCCCUCGUUGCCUCCGCGGCCGCUCAACAUCUUCUUCGCUGUCUGCAUCCUGCUGGCGUGCGGCUCCACCAUCGUGCUGAUAUUCUGGUACCGACAGGGCGACCUGGAGCCCAAAUUCAGGAAGCUGAUCUACUACAUGCUGGCCACCAUCCUGCUGCUGUGUUUAUGUGCCAACCUUUACUUCUUCGACGUCAGGUAGAGGAAGAGGAGGAGGAAGAGGGGACAUCAUGGCGUUGUCUGACAGAGGGAGGUCCAACGUGGACCGAGACGGGACCGAAAACACGGAGGGUUAAAGUUCCCGGGGUCAGAGUUCAGACGGCAGAACUCAAACAGAAUCGUUUAAGUCGUAAUGAAUCCUGACCCUCCAGCGAGGAUCAAACUUGUGUUUCUGGAAAUAAAGAUCUGAAACAUUUAAGCCUCCACCGGGGGCGCCAGAGAGUCACAGUGAUUCAAAACCACAGAAUGAAAGUUGAACAUUGAAGUUGAAAAAUGUUUCAGUUUAAGGAGGUUAGCUUCCUGUAGGGCGAUUCGAGGCUGAAACUGGAAACCUCCGAGUUUGGAUUAAAAGGACAUUAAAUCCCACGGUGCGUUCUGGGGAGACUCUACGGUCAGGAAUUCAAAGCUUCUUUUAGUUUACUAGUCGUAACAGGGAGAUUUUUCACUUUAGAUCGGGAUCAAGUGAAGCUUUUUCUGCUUAUUUACUAGAUGCUUGUAAGUUGUUUGAUAAAAUUAGAGCUGGGCAAUAAAUCCGAUUAAUGAUAAAUUUUGGUUUAUGAGGAUUUUAAUUUUGGAAAAUCUGGAUUUUUGUCCACCAAUUCUCUCCAUAAUUCAGAGUGAUGUCAGCACACCCAGGGCGGCCAUCUUGUUUUACUAUAAGAAUAGUCACAAUAAUAACGGAAUAAAGUUGUAAUAUUACCAGAAUAAAGUCUAUUAAAUAAUAAAUAGAAAUACCAAAUCUUUUAACACAUUAUCAGUUAAUUAUCAGGACUUUAAAACUGUCAUGGAAACAACUGCAUUUAUUUCAAAGAAAAAUCUACAAAAACCGACUUAGUUACUUCGGAUCCUGACGUUUUUCUCAUAAUUUAGGUUUUUCUGGUAAAAUUGUGUCUUUAUUCUGAUAAUACAAAUUUAUUCUUGUAAUUAAAUAUAUUCUAGUAGCCUGGUCGUAUUACUCAGACGGAUUUAAAUAAAAACCACAAAAUCUGAUCCAGUAUGAAAAAGUAAAAUUUUAAUCUGUAUCAUAUUGCCCAGCCCUAACUGAAAUAAUCUGCUCCGUUAAUCCUGCUGGUGUUGAAUCUGAGCUGGACUCGUUACGUUCAUUAGUCUGCCUAGAGACGAACGUUUGUUCCUUAAAACUGGAAAAUAAAAUCAGAGGAAAGUCGAUUUUAGAUUCAACAUACAGAAAUUCACAGUUUUCCCUCCAUUUUGUCACUUUAAUGUGUUUUAUUGUGAUUUUAUAAAGUAAAAGCCUGAAUAAAAUCAGUCAACUGGC